AUGAAUGAUUCAAAUGAUUUAAUAUUAUUUAAAUCAAAGCAAUGUUUUGAUUGAAUCAGUGAUUGAUUUAACACAACAACAACUCUUGUCUUGUGUUAUGUCUUACAAGUUGUCAAUUGAUUGACUGAUUGGUCUGAUGAGCGAUAAGAAGACAAUUACUACAAUGUCGGCCAACAAUCAGUCAAUGAAAUCCAAGAAGAGUUACCAUUUGUGGCCAAAAGAAUCAAUUGAAUUGUUGUCACAACAGAUGGGUUUUGACAAGACGUUGACCGACGACGCCGUGAAUAUCCUCUCUUCGGAUAUUAGUUUCAGACUCAGACAAUUGGUUAACAAUUCUGUUAAACAUAUGAUGCAUACGAAGUCCACCCGAUUGAAGACAUCGCACGUAAAGAUAGCAAUAGAGUCACAACAUUGUGAACAAGUGUUUGGUUUUGAAUCAACUGACAAACCAAUUGAUAUGAUUUGGAUCAAUGAGGCCAAUGUCUUCGUAUAUGAUGACUCACUCAUUAAUUUAAAUGAAGAAAUGGAUAAAAUAUUAAACAAAAGUAUUUGUGAAACUAAAGUAUUUAAAAAAGACACUCAUUUAGCAAUGGAUUGGCUUUCCAUGGAUUCAGCGAUUAUCACAAAUGAUGGCAAUUAUAGCAAUGGCAUUGAAUUGAGUGAUGAAUUAAAACAAUAUUACAAGAUUGUAAUGUCUGUUGUUUUGGGAACCGAUAAUCAUUUUUUUAUUCGUGUCCUCAAAGACUUAUCCUGUAAUUGUCGACUUAAUCCUGUUUUACCAUAUCUAUUGAAUUUUAUAUUAAAUGGUAUCAAAAAACUAAGUCAUGAUGUCUUACAACUCAAGAAAUUUCUCAAUACAAUUGAAAGUCUUCUUAAAAAUCCAUCUGUUUUUCUUGCAACUGAUCCAUAUUUAAAUGUAUUGAUUCAGUCAAUAGUGAGCUGUAUUGUUGAUCCUUUAAACCCGAAAACAGAUCACUGGUCACUACGGGAUUCGGCCUCACAUUUACUCUUUAAGUCAUUAAACGAACGCUUCUCACCAUUUGUUGUGAAUCGUCUUCAGAAACAGACUUUUAGUUAUUUAAUAAACUGUUUGCUCGACUCAGCAAAACCUUUGAGUUCACAUUACGGAGUCAUCAAAGCGUUUCAAGCAUUUGGUUACGAUUUUAUUGUCGAAUAUUUGUUACCAAUUCUUAACCAAUAUUUCUUAUAUUUGUUACCUAUCAUUGAUUGUCAAUCAAAUGAGCCUCAAAUCAGAUCCGAUGGCAUUAGAGUUUUUGGUGAACUUUUAUAUAUUGCAGAAGUUAUAUGUCUGAAGAAUCGGUCGUUAAUUAAUAUAAAUUUUGAGUUACAGUUUGAUCUCAAUAUAUAUACACAAUUGUCUGAAAUUUUUGGCGACGCUUUAUACGCAAGAUUGCCAAUUGAUUGCCACAGAAUAAGACAUAAGUUAUUCAUUGAGAAGACUGUCACAGCUAAACAAACCAAUCUUUUUGAAACACAAGAGUCACUUCAAACAGGGGAACAAUUGUUAGAUACCUUUUAUGAAACAGUGACCACUCUCGAGGACAAAAAGAGUAAUAGGAGUCUCAAUAUUGAUGACGACAAUAAUUCAUGUGAUAAUUCAAUGGCAAGUGAUCCCGAAAAAGAAUCGAUUGUUACGGAUGUACUACAGGUUAAGAGUACAAUCAGUGAUCCGACAUUAGGUAUAAAGUUAACGAUUAAAAAGUUAAGAAGGAAUGACACGGAACCACAUUCUUAUAGCAAACUCUCAGAAAAUAGUGAAUCUGUUUUUGAAUCAAUUUCUCUCAGACAGACGUCCAUCCGAUUUAAUAUAUCAGGUAUCAAAAUUAGCGACGUCUUUGAGAAGCCCAUCAAAAUCAAUGAUUAUUAUCCAUCGCAAUGGUUUGCUUUAACGAUGACUAAUAGAAACCAAUACUGUUUACGAACUCAUUAUAAACUAAGAAAAAAUAUUAAACAUUCAAAAUGUUUAUAUUCAUGUGAUUUAUUUAAUGUUUUAUAAAAAGAAAUGA